UAGCUGGAACUUAGUAAGUUUAUGGUAGGCACUAGAUAGUUUAAUUGUGAAAGCUGAUUCAAUCCUAACUUAUCCACCGAUAAACAUUAUAAUGCAGUGGCUAUAUGUCUCCGGAGUACACACAAAAUGGAAUGUUUUCAUUCAAAUCCGAUGUUUUUAGCUUUGGUGUGGUUCUACUUGAGAUUAUAAGUGGAAGAAAGAAUGAUGCCAUCAUGAGCCUUAUAAGUUAUGUUUGGAGAUUGUUGGAUGAAAAGAAGGUGUUGGAUUUAGUGGACCAGGCUCUACGUGAAGACUGCAAUGUAGAUCAGUUAGUGAAGUGUGCAAAUAUUGGAUUCUUAUGCUUACAAGACGACCCAAAUGACCGCCCCACCAUGUUAAAUGUUGUUACCAUGCUUGACAGUGAAGCUGCAACAAUUCCAACUCCAAAACGACCAUCUUUGGUUCCAGGGACGUGCCUUUCUAGCACAACUAGUUCUUCUACUACUAGACCGAACACUCUUACAGAAUCAACUAGUAGUUUUGGAUGAACUUGAUACGAAUGCAAGUUCUCUUGCAUCUAUCCUCUCUUAAUAAGAGGGUUCUAGCGCAGAAAAAAAAACUUUGGUUUUAUGAAUAUGAAGGUUUUAUUAGCCGUUCACCCAAAUGAAACUUUUCUCCCACUAUCUUUUUCAUUUUGUUGAACCUUC